AUAAAGUUAGGUUGUGUUUGGUUCGUCUAGUUCCACCCAUUGACUCUGUGAGCAGAACCUCUUUUUGAAUCCAUCUUGGAUCCUAACUGAUUUAAAAUUGCUGUUUAUCAGACUACGUUCAUGAGAGUUUAAAUCCUGGGGAAUAUUCCCAUCUUCCACACAGUUGAAGAAGCAGCAAGCAGGAGGAAUUACUCCAGGAGAAACUACUGAAAUACUAUUGGAAAGAUGGAGUUUGAGGAAGAACCCUGCAGAAUGAGAGAUGAAGAUCCAGAGGUACAAACAGAUGAAGAUGGAAAGGAUGUCGGGCAAAAACAAGCUAGAAAAAAUGGAGCCAAAAAACCCUUCACCUGCUCUGAUUGUGGAAAGAGUUAUUCGCGUAAACCAGACCUUAACAGACACAUGAGAUUUCACACUGGAGAACGGCUGUUCACAUGCACUCCGUGUGGGAAAGUUUUCGCAGAUAAAGGAAAGCUGGAUGUACAUAUGAGAGUUCACACUGGAGAAAGACCGUUCACAUGCACUCAGUGUGGACAGAGUUACAUACAUAAACCAGAUCUUAAGAGACACAUGAGAGUUCACACUGGAGAGAAGCCUUACACAUGCACUCAGUGUGGGAAGAGUUUCAUUGACACACAAAGCUUAAAAUCGCACAUGAAAGCUCACACUGGAGAAAAACCGUUCACCUGCACUCAGUGUGGAAAGAGUUUCGUAUCCCAAAGCUUUCUUAAAGAUCAUCUUCUCUCUCACACCGGAGUGAAGUCGUUCAGAUGUGAUCAGUGUGAUAAAACAUUCGCUAUGGCAACAAACUACAGGAGACAUCUUAAAGUUCAUGCCGGUGUGAAGCCUCACUUUUGUUCUUUUUGUGGGAAGACUUUUAUACAUCUGCAAAAGUUAAAAGAGCAUGAGCGUAUUCAUACUGGCCUGAAACCUUAUGCAUGCUUGGACUGUGGAAAGAGCUACACUACAUCGAGUGGAUUAAAAACACACCAGAUGAUUCACACUGGAGAGAAACCUUACAUGUGCUCACACUGUGACAAGUGUUUUGCUGUUUUAUCAUCUCUGAAAAGCCAUGAGAGAGUUCAUACUGGAGAGAAGCCCUACCAGUGCUCUUCAUGCGGGAAGUAUUUUGCUUACCAUCCAGGUCUGCACGCUCAUAUUAAAAAAAAGCGUUGCCCAAAGUUGCCCAAGUGAGAAAUGUUUGAGAUUCAUCAUAUUUGGUAUCAACUCUUGAAAAAUGAAAAGAUUUAAAAUCAGUCAAGUUUGGCUAUGGGGUUUGUUACUGAAUUCUUUUAUUGUGUAUACGCCCUCUUGAAUGUAUUCUGAUUGCAUGUUUUGAAAUAAAUGAGAAUUAAAAGGAACAAAAAUACAUGA